AUGCUACCAACAGGUGAAUUAAUAAUAAUAAACGUAACAAAAGAAGAUUCGGAAAAAUCAUAUAAAUGUAGAACUCAUCACAGGCUCACGCAAGAAGCGACAGUUAGCAGAAACGAAGGAAAAAUUCAAUUGAGCGAUAUGAAAGGUUUCGUGCCACCGAUUUUAAACAAAAAGGUUGAAGUAUUAACUGUUAAAGAAGGUUCGACCAUUGCGACACCUUGCGUUGCUUAUGCAAAUCCUAGACCGACAUACGAGUGGUUUUAUAAAAAGAAUCAAGAGGAUACGAUUAUAGUUAACGAAGAAGGUUUUAUCGUACAAGAUGGAAUAUUAGUUAUAUCGAACGUUAAGAUAUCGAAUCAGGGAACGUAUUAUUGUAGGGCUAAAAAUAAAGAAGGCAGUGAAAUACUGGAAAUGCAUUUGGUCGUUACGGCUCCACUUUCGGCUCACGUACAUCCUUCCACGCAAUCCGUACAUCUUGGAAAAAUGGCGGAAUUUCAAUGUUCUUAUCAGGGAUUUCCGAUAACUUCAAUUUAUUGGUUGAAAGAUGGACAAAUGUUAAGAUUUAAUUCAAGAAUAAGACAAAUAUCGGAUACGCAAAUUCAAAUAUAUUCGGUAUCGAAAGAAGAUAAGGGAAUGUAUCAGUGCAUGAUAAAAAAUGAAUUUGAAAUGAAGGUUUAUCCGCAACUUUUGUACAAGUUCAUUGAACAAACGAUGCAACCGGGUCCAUCGGUAUCACUCAAAUGUAGCGCUUCCGGUAAUCCGACGCCACACAUUUCUUGGCUUUUGGACGGUUUUCCUCUUUAUCAUAGCGACAGGCUCAUGAUUGGACAAUACGUGACAGUUUUCGGAGAUGUCGUCAGUCACGUUAACAUAUCAUCAAUAAAAACGGAAGAUGGAGGCGAAUACGAAUGCGUGGCGGAAAAUCGCGCCGGAAAAACGUCACAUUCUGCUAGAUUAAACGUUUACGGUCUUCCAUACGUUAGAACAAUGCCCUCGAUAUCUGCCGUCGCUGGAAAAAUUCUUAUCAUUAAAUGUCCCGUUGCCGGAUAUCCUAUUGAUUCCGUGUCUUGGGAAAAAGAUGGCGUUCAACUUCCGACUUCCAUACGUCAAAGAGUUAUUAACAAUACUUUAUCUAUAGAAAACGUACAAAAAGAUACCGAUCAAGGAUCUUAUACAUGCACGGCUAAAAACAAACAAGGUCAUAGUUCACACAAAACCGUACAAGUUAAAGUUAUCGUACCACCCAAAAUAACACCUUUCACAUUUGCCCAUGAUUUAAAAUUAGGAGAUAGAAUAAGUGUUCAAUGUGUCGUUGUCUCCGGAGACCUACCUUUGUCUUUUACAUGGCGGAAGGACGGAGAACCGCCACCAGAAAGCGACACGAUAACAGUACGACGUUACGAUCCUUUCACAAGCGCUCUCAGCAUUAGGGCGAUCGCGUCUAAUCACAGCGGAAAUUACACGUGUCUGGUAUCCAAUCAGGCAGCCACAGUUUCUCACACGGCCCCGCUAAGAGUCAACGUUCCGCCAUAUUGGAUAUCGGAACCUUCGAGAGAAACGAGCGUGAUUUUGGGUAGGCCUGUGUCACUUCAUUGUCAAGCAGGAGGAUUUCCAAAACCUUCAAUUACGUGGAAGCAAGCGUUAGGUACUCCGGAAGAUUACAGAGAAUUAAAUUAUCACACACCGAGCAUGACACGUUUGGAAAAUGGAACAUUAUUAAUAGGGAAAACUGGAGAAGAACACGAAGGUUAUUACAUGUGCGAAGCAAAUAAUGGAAUCGGUGCUGGAAAAAGUAAAUUUGUUCAUUUGGUCGUUCACGCCGGUCCUAAAUUUAAAAUACACUCGAAACAAGAAAUAGGAAAAAAAGGUGAAACGACACGUUUAGAAUGUGAGGUUGAAGGUGAUUUACCAAUGGAAAUUAUCUGGAAAAUAAAAGAUGAUGUUAUUAACACUGAUUAUAAUAAAAGAUUUCGUUUAAAAAAUAACACUCUCUUAAAAGGAUUCAUGUCGGAAUUAACAAUUUUAAAUGUUCAGACAUCCGAUAGAGGCGAAUACGUAUGUUCAGCCAAAAAUUCAUACGGACAAAGUUACAUGAACAUUCUUUUAUUAGUUCAGGAAUUACCAGGUUCUCCAAAAAAUCUUCAUGCAUCUAGUCAAACUAGUAGAUCGAUAACCGUAUCCUGGCUUCCACCGAUAACUUCUGGAGACACGAAAAUAUCAAAUUAUAUUCUUCAGUAUAAAGAAAUCAAAGAUAUGUGGCACGAACAUAAUUCUCAAAAAAUAAUCAACGGUGAAAAAAAUAUGGAUACCAUAAUUGAUUUAAAACCUGCGACUGUUUAUCAUUUUCGUUUGUACGCACAAAAUCAAUUGGGAACAAGCCCGCCGAGUGACGUCCUUCAGGCUUCUACGAAAAGCGAACCACCGUCUGGUCCUCCUCUUCAGGUAUCUGUCGAACCUAUGUCUCCGACAGCAUUACGUUUAACCUGGAAUCCUCCGAAAAAAAAUUUAUGGAACGGUGAAAUUUUAGGUUACAACAUCGGAAUCAAAAAAUUAAAGAUGGAAAAUGAUGAAUAUAAUUGGACUCACGUUCCAGAUACUUCCGGUAUGCCAGGAGAUUUUCGAUUGACGGGUUUAUUGAAAUAUACUAAAUAUUUAAUUAGCGUUAGAGCCGUUAACGAAAAAGGUGAAGGACCACCGUCGGAACCCGUACUCGGAGAAACAAUGGAAGAUGUUCCUAGCGAACCCCCUCAGAAUGUCCUGUGCACGGCAUUAACAGCACAAAGCAUACAAGUUACAUGGACACCACCAUCUGUUUAUCACACUCAUGGAAUUAUUCAAGGUUAUAAAAUUUUAUACGAGCCGACGGAUGAAACUCAAGACACUUCCGUUAGAGAAAAUAAAGUUGUCUCAUCGAUUUCCGCUGAUUUACACGGCCUCCAACCUUACACAAAUUAUUCGGUACAAGUAUUGGCAUUUACAAGAGCCGGUGACGGUGUUAAAAGUCCGGUUGUUUUUUGUACGACCGACGAAUCGAUUCCGGAAGCUCCUUCGGCAAUAAAAGCCGUCGUCAGUUCUGAUAGCACCGUUGUUAUCAGUUGGCUACCUCCUAAAAGGUCAAAUGGAGCUUUAACAAAGUAUACGGUUUACAUAAGAGUCUUGGAACAGGGUUCUGAAACGAAAAUAAUAAAAAGUACACUUCCGGCUCAGCUUUUACAUUACGAAGCUGUCGGUUUAAAAAAAAGAGAAACUUAUGAAGCUUGGGUUGUUGCUUCUACCAAAAUCGGUCAGGGACAAAGUACACCGCUUGUUCAUUUAGUUCCUAGCGCGACGGUACCUGCAUCUAUUAUAUCAUUUGGAAGAGUUAUAGUAGUGCCUUGGAAAGUUGAAGUUCGACUUCCCUGUUUGUUUGUCGGUCAACCCAAACCCUUCAUCGAAUGGCGUUUCGGUGACGUCAAAAUUCAAAAACAUUCCAAAACGAUAACAAUCGGAGAGAAGUCGCUUAUACUACAAAAUAUAGCAAGAACAAACGAGGGUAACUAUUCUUGUCACGUUAAAAAUAAUUUAGGAUCGGAUCACAUAGUUUUUGCUAUCAUCGUUCAAGUUCCUCCCACGUCUCCAUUACUCCUUGCCACAUCGGUUACAUCGAAUUCGGUACAACUUCAAUGGAAACAAGGAGAUAACGGAGGUGCAAUAAUAAGAGGAUUUAUUCUUUCUUCGAAAAAAGAAGGGAACGACUGGAAAGAAUUUAUUCUGGAACCUCACACCAAUACGUAUUUGAUGGAAGGUUUGGAUUGUGGUAGCAACUAUCAGAUAAAACUCAUCGCAUUCAAUAAAAUUGGUAGCGGUUUGGCAAGUAAAUUAAACAGUAUUACGACGAAAGGAUUUCGUCCUAUAGCACCAUCCAAAGAACAAUUCGUAACCGUAAAUACGACCCACGUGACUCUUCACCUUCAAACGUGGAAUAAAAACGGAUGCGAUUUAACUCAUUUUUCACUCAGAUGCAGACAACCUCCGGAUAAUUGGUUUUUAGUUUUCAAUCAUUUAAAACCUCAAAAUAAUUUCAUUCUAAACGAUUUAACACCUGGAGAAGAAUAUGUCGUCAAGGUCACGGCAUAUAAUAGUGCCGGCCCUACAUCGCAAGAAUACGUUUUUUCAACUCUUUCAAUGGAAAACGCAGCUGCAGAAAAUAACGACUCAACAUCUUUCUAUCUCGAAACUCAAGCCAUUGUUUUGGGGGUCGUUUCACUUAUUUUAUUAAUUUUUGCCGCCGUCGGAAUUUGUUCGUCGAGAGAAAAUAUUUGUUUGCAAGACAUGCAAACAUCCGCAAGUUUCGACAACACUCAAAAUUUAAAACAAAGAGAAAAAUUUUACGCGUCCAUCAAUAAAGUUACUCAAUCGCCGAUGAAAAAUAUGAAUUCGUUAGAACUCAUACCUGAAUACGCGGAAGAAAUUUGCCCAUACGCAACAUUUCAUCUUCCCGAUCAGGAAAACAUGGCCGGAAAUCCAAAUAAAUCAAAUUACAUAAGUAAAAUUCAAACGAAACACGUAAGUAAGCGUUAUUUGUUUGUUGUUUGUUUGUUUGUUUCGGCUAAGACGCGGUUUUUUUUUUUUUUUUAA